AUGAUCAUCGGCGAGCUACUGCCGCUUCUGGUGGCAUACUGGCCAAUCGUGCUCGCAGCAUCAGUAGCCGCAUAUCUUCUCAACAACAAAUUCUACAAAGGCCUAAACAAAUACCCUGGUGCUCCGCUAGCAGCAUACACAAACUGGUGGCGCUUCUUCGAAGUAUGGGGCCAGAAGUCAGAGUAUACUCACAGGGAACUGCACAACAAGUAUGGAGACAUUGUCAGACUCGGCCCUAAUGUUUUGUCGUUUGCCGACCCCAAGGCUAUCAAGACCAUCUAUGGCUUGAACAAGGGAAUGACCAAGUCGGACUUCUACCCCGUUCAGCAAGCUGUCUCAAAGGGCAAGCGUCUGCAAUCGCUGUUCUCGACCACCUGGGAGGACUACCACGCCAAGUACAGAAGAUGCGUCAACGGUGCUUUUGCCAUGUCCUCGCUGGUCGAGUACGAGCCUCUGGUCGACAGCACAACCGAUGUUUACAUUGAGCGUACCAAGGAGCUUUACUGCGGAGAAAAGGCACAGAGAUGCGAUUUCACUCGCUGGUUGCAGUUCUAUGCCUUUGAUGUUAUUGGCGAGUUGACUUGGAGCAAGCGUCUGGGUUACAUCGAGAAGGACGAAGAUGUCGAUGGCAUCAUCGCCUUCUUGAACAAAUUCCUCUCGUACGCCGCACCUAACCCCCUCAAGCUUCAACUCGAGAAGUGGGGUCUUAACAAGAAAGUUUUCCCUGUCACCAAGUUCGCACUCGACCGCUCAGGUGAGCGCAAGGACGAGAUGCAAAAGGUUCGCGAGACUGGAGUUGUAGAGAAGCGUCCUGGCCGCGGUAUCGACCUUCUCACAAAGUUCAACCAAGCUCAGCACGACCAUCCUGAAUUCAUGACCGAUGCUCAGGUUUUGGCAGCAUCGACCAGUAUGGUAUUUGCUGGCAGCGAGACUACCGCUAUCAGUUUGAGCAGUGUCUUCUACCACUUGGUCAGACACCCCAAGGUCUAUGCAAAGUUGAUGCAAGAGCUUGAUGAAGCAGCUGAAACCGGUGCAAUUCAACAACGCGAGAACAACAAGGUAUCCUGGGCAGAGAGUCAGAAGUUGCCUUACCUUGACGCUGUCAUUCAAGAAUCAUUCCGCAUGCACCCUGCCGCUGGUCUGAUUCUUGAACGUAUCACUCCCAAGCAAGGCAUUGAAAUCUGCGGCGAGCACAUUCCCGGCGGCGUCAUCGUUGGCUGCAACUCCUGGGUCCUGCACCGCCGCCCCGAAAUCUUUGGCGCAGAUGUCGACACAUUCAGACCUGAGAGAUGGAUCGAGGCCGAUGCCACGAAGCUCAAGGAGAUGAAGGCCACCAUGUUCCAAUUCGGCGCUGGCGCCAGAACAUGCAUUGGCAAGAACAUCAGUCUGUUGGAGAUUUACAAGCUGGUACCUACCUUCCUGAGAACUUUCGAGAUCGAGAUGGAUUGUGAUGACUGGAAGACAAGAAACGCAUGGUUCGUCCGCCAGAGCGAGUUCUACACAAACUUCAAGUUGAGAAAUGUGCCUCGCGAGGUUCCUGUAUAG